GCUCCUUCAUCAGCAUACCUACAUCAUCACCCUGCCUCUGCUUUGGUAGAUAAGUUCAUGUGCAAUGUAUGCAGUCGGCCCGUCGACUCUGGAAAUGCAACCUUUAGCUUCAAACUCGUGUUGCGCUGCUCAAUCGGGCUCACCUUGCUCACUGUGAUCCUCUUCAACGAAGUUGUUGAAAGCUUCCUGGGGUGCUCAGCCACCAUCUACUUUGAGCUGACUGAAAAGUCGUCUUCGUUUUCCUCUCGCGUCGCAGCCCUAUUAGAAGGCAUGCAUGUGACCAUGACGCUGCGAACGCCUCCAACAUCGUCAUCGAUCGACUCCACGUUUAAAAAAGAUCCAAAGGUCGUGGCAAUCUACCCCCUGUUCCGACCCCACGGCAACAGCCCCCUAGUGAACGACGCCAUCGAAUUAGCUGGCCCAACUACACCCCUCGCAACACCAGCCCCCUUGUGAAAGACGCCGUCGACUAGUCCAUCCCACCAUACUAGUAACCUUGUUAUAAGCGCAGUAACACUACUACUGUACGUAGUACGGUAGUACGAAGUACUUGUUCGUCUGUC